AUGCUUCUUAUACCUCAAGGAAGAAGCGGUGGACAUUCUGAAGCUGAAUCAGAUAUUGCUCGCUUGAGUGAGGCGAGUGAAGAUAAAGAUGUACUUGAUAAUGAACCCAUCGAAGAAGAUAAAGAAGAGGAAAGUUCUGAUCUAGAUAUCAAAAGGAAAUCGGUUUCAUUUCAAAAAAACCGGUUGAAUUUAUCGCUCCAGAUAAAUAUUUGGAAGAUGAAUAAGGAAGAUUACAUUACUCGAGAAGAAUAUACUAGUCGUGAAUGGAUGGGUAAACCAGUAUCUGACUGGAUUGACUACGCCUACGUUAACAUUCCCAACAUCCCGGAGAAAUAUGACAAUUUAGCAAAGCUGAAAUGUGAACAAGAUUCAUUGAAUCAAAAAUCAUGCAAUAAAUUUGAUUUUCCCUACAUGCUACAAGUUGUAAAAGAUGUAUACUGUAGAAAUAAUCUGGAAAAACUGAAAUUUUCCUCAUUGGCUAAGACCUAUGCAAAAAGGAUCGCAGUUGCAGAUGGAAGUAAAAAUUGUAAGUUCUGUGGUGGAGUCUUAUCGUCGUCAUCCGUGGACUCAUCAUACUUAUCUGGAAAACACUGUUGUGAUAAGUACCAUCGGCUGUUUCGUCUUGCUGUCAGUUAUGCCGAAAUGUUAUACAAACAUUAUCAUCAACAACGACGUAAAUAUUAUGAUAAACAGAAAUCGAGUAAUUUGAAAGAAAACCUAUUUAAGGAUCAGUUAAUGCAAUCUGAAUUGAGUGCUGCUUUAUCUACUACAGAGUCUUUAGACAAAACUGUUUCCAGACUGAGUUUAUCAACAAAAGGAUUGGAUGAAACUGUGAGCUCAGUAGAUCAAAUUAAGGAUGAAAUGACUGGGCAGCAAAAAGAUUCCAACCUGCAAGGUGAAACAAUUGAAAAUAGCACUAAAGUUGAUGCGGAGGUCGAAAGUGCAAGCGAUACAAUUAUUUAUCAGUUGUCAAAUUGUAAGUACAUUGAAGAGGGAUGGACUAUCAGUCAUGCAGAUGACUUUAAUAAUGAUGUAAACUUGGUCACAAUAGAUCAAGCUAGAAAAUCUCUACAGUUGGACUAUGAUGCACUAAUAGUUAAAAGGCACUUACCAACAGAUCUGAGUGCUUUCCAACUUGAUUUUAUACAACAAGAAUAUUCUAAUGGAGAGGUAUUCCUACGAAAGUAUAACGAUGAUACUGGAGUUAUAUUUUAUUCAACUGGUAAUCCAGCAAUACUAUUCCUACCACAAACAGUAAAUACCAACAGUAGUAAUGAUAAUGACAGUAGAUCACUUGGCUUAUUAUUCAUUGUUCACGACCAGUUAGACGUGGAUAUGACAAGAUUCACUGAGAAAGAAAGAAAUGAUAAACAUAAAAGAGAUACUUCACGGGUUGUACUGAAAAUUAAUAAUAAUAAAAAUAAGAAGAAGAAUAGUAGCGGCAAAACUAAGAAGUCAGGUACUCUGGAUGUACAAUCAACUGUUGGAAAGUUGAUUGGUGUAUUUGAUACAAAUAUUCACGGAGUUGUUUAUGACCGAAACAACAACAUACGACUGGAAUAUAAUCCAGAUGGAGGUACAUACUUUGGUGAAACAUUGACGUCGGAUAAGUAUGCAAAAAUACGUAAAUGGAGAUGGUCUGGAGAAACUCAUGUUCAUGCACCACCUUUCCAACCAUUGAUAAUGAAGCUAAACAAUUUUAUAACACUCAAAGUCCAUCAAUUAAAUAAAAUUUACCUUCACUUUCAUUCAAUGAAAUCAGUCUGCAAGGUGGACCUUUCAUGUAAACAAUUAAAAAUACGAUGUAUAAAUAUAGAACAGCAUAAACACUGAUAAGAAGUGAACAAUCUUCUUUGUAUUAGUUAAUAUUAACCUGUAUGUAAGUGAGAAUGAUGGUAACUGAUGGAUUAUCUAUUUUGAUUAUUAC